AUGUUCAGGUCUAUAGUAUCACGCGUACCCGUGGCGUCCGUAGUGGACGUAGACGACGAUAGUAUCACGCUGAACCUCGAGGCGAUGCGGGCGCUUCUUCCGGAGCCGCCACGAGUGCCACAGUUACCAUGGCGGGCAGUUGCAGGAGCGUGCGAGAGUGCAUUGGGGGCGGUACACAGAACGGUCUGCAGUGAAUUCGAGAGGAACGCAAAGUUCCAUGCCGAACUUCAGUUCGGGCGCGCGGUAUCGGAGGAGAGUCGAGAACCGUCUCCGUCCUUGACACCCGAAGCAGGCGCCCAGGACCUGCCAUCCUCUCCGACCGGCGCAUCUUCACCGGAGAGUAGCGAAGCUCUCCCAACAAUCGUUGUGACGCCCUGUCCGGAUGACCCAAUACCAUCUUCGCAGAGACGGUGUUUCGUUCCUCUGCAGGAUGCGGGAUUCGGUGAUCGCCUAUGUGUGCCCGCACAGCCCACGGUGAACGACGUGUUCCCUCCAUUGGUUCACCCGAAACGCGGGAUCGGUGCUUCUAUCAGGCGAUGGGAGUACUCUGGCGGGCACUGGCGUGCAGUGCCGCCUACUCAUGAGGAACAAGCACGUCGUACCCUGGCAUCACGUUCACUGUCACAACGGAGGCGGCGAUCCGCCACAGGGAGGUGA